AUGUGCCUGUGUACCGACCUUCUCUUCUCAAAUAAUUUUAUUAUACGGUCUCGAAUGAAUGUGAACGAGUUACUCAUUAAGGAUGGCUUAGCUACAGUUACGACAAUUAACCAAAUCGAGAAUAAACGAAUUGCUAAUGAAGUAGUCCGAAAGUUUAUUAGAGCUGAGCUAAAGGCGGAAAAGAGCGAAAAAGGACUAUGGAUGACUUCUUCAAUUGGGAUCAUGGAUAGGCUGUCUAACCUCAAACAUAAAUUAAGAGAUUGGACGGAUAAUUUAAAAAGAUCACUGAUUUCAGCGCAAUCACGCAUAACUGGGUACUUUGGAAAGAAAAAAUAA